AUGGCCGACGUGGUCGUUCCAGACAUCAUCAUGACUUCUCGCCCAGCGACAGCGCCCAUACCACCGCCGACAGAAACUUCAUUUCGCCCAGCAGAGACGCAAUCAACAGCAGUACCUACCGGCGAGCCUCUAGCAGAUGACACUGUCACGCAACCGCCGGUGCCAUCAGAGGCAGACCGCAUGCCAACUCCGAUAUCUGAUGAGCCUGGCGUGGAAACCCGACCAGUACAAACCUGUGGCACCACGAGAGACCCCGUCAACCACACACCGCUGGCUACGCAGCUGCACCUUUCCCGUCUCUGCAUCAUUUCAAACCUUUUCUUCAUCUAUACACCCUUUCUGCAGCCCGAAUGCUCUUUUGACGCCACCCGGAUUAAUGAAACACGGUCACGCCUUACAAACCUGUUUUAUGUAACCAAACAAAUCGCCCUCGUUGAAUACUUGACACCUGAUAUUCAAGACGGCACAAGCUGUGCUGUUCAAUCAAACCUCUCAACUGCGACUUCAGCGGCUUUUGUGGCAGCGCCGUCUCAUCUGACUCGGUCAAGACUGCUCUUGUGCAUGACAAGUUCUAAGCCUAGUGGCUUACUUACAAACCCCUUACCCUGCUUGGUUACCAUUUCAAAAAUGUCUUUCCUUCCAAGCCAGCCCACUACUACGCGAUUCGAGUUCCCUAGCAUUGCAGAUUUAUGCUCAAACAGCCCGCCGCAAACGAUUCCUGCAGAAGCGCCACUUCCGGUCCCUGCACAGAUUUGGCAAGAUCCGUUGACUAAUGUGAUUUGUAGCCCGAUGGCUGAACGACCAGCUGCUCUGGACAAUGAGCAAGAGAGUGAGCUCAGCGACCCUGACAGCACUGUCAAGACACCGCCACGCGGAAAUGAAUUGGAGGAAGAAAUUGUCGUCAGGGCCAAGGAUAUCAUCAUCACAACGCACCCCGACGGUGACGGCGACGAGGCCAUGGCCGAGGCCGAUGAAGAGGGCACAACCUCUCACUAUCCGAAAAGAAAGCGCACGUCAAUCUUCAACGAUCUCAGUGAAAGCAAGAUUGAAAUUCCCACAUCCAUCCGCGCCGAGCGGCCUGAGCGCACAGCUCUACCCAGCACAUCAAGCAAGGCCAAGCCCCGAAACAGCAUCGGCGGCGUCAAGGGAGUACUGGUCGGCCACUGGAGAGACUCGCCCGUUCCCGACAUUGAAAACAAGCAUGCCGUCAUUGGCUUCAUCGACGUCCGCGACAGAUUACGCACCCGUAUCCAGCCUCUCAACAAAGCCGGCGAGCCCAUCUCGGCUGAAUACCCGCUUCCACCCGGCCCUGGCGGCAGCUGGGUCACGUUUGACCGCAUUUACUUUUCCGACUUUCUCGUCGGCCUCGACCAUUUCCAAGUAAAAGAGUACGUCCGGCUACGAUCCGCCGCCGUCGAGGACAGCGACGAGGAGCGGCUCGCCGCGGAAGCGGAAGCCGUCAGAGCAGCAAUCAUCAGAGGACGAGAGCUCCUGCAGACCGAAAAUCCAGUCGUGGCUCCGCUGAUGGCCCACGGUGCCAUCCCGGUCGACGCCAAUGGCAACCCAAUGGUGAUUGACGCCAAGCGACGAAGAACUAGCAACUCCUUUGUCUCCAUCGCGCCGCACGAGGAUGCCGCCGGCGGUCCGCAACCACUCGCGCUCGACCCCUUGCACGGCACGCGCCCGACGCGAGUCGUGCUCGGCUACUGGAAGCUCUCCAGCGAGGAGCUCCCAGAGGACCGCCACGCCGUCUACGGCAUCCUGGGCCAAAACGACAUGUUCCGGGUCAAGGUGGUCCGCGAGACGCGCGACGGCCGCUACGUCGACGGCAACUUUCCCACGGGCGCCGGCGCGCUCUGGAUCCACUGGGACGAGGUCGAGUUUGAGCCGCAUAUCAGGGUGCUUAGCCGGCCCGAGAUCAAGGAGUACUGCCGCAUCCGCCAGUACCAAAUCGACCGCGGCGAGACAAUCAGCCAGCGGGCCGCCAACGAGGCCGCCGCCAUCGAAGAGGCCCGCCUCCGCACCACCGCCUACCUCCAUGCGCACCACCUGCAGGGCGCAAAGGGCGGCCACGCGCAGCGCGGCAGCAGCAGCAGCCCCGGCGAUGUCGACCGUCCGGACUCGCCCAGCGGCGGCAGCGGCGGCCGUGUCUCGGGCGGCCACGAGCUGCGCCAGCUGCGUCGCGCCGCCGAUGCAAACGGCCGCGCGCUGUUCCACGAGUCCGAGGAUAUUGAGCGCCUGAAUCGCGUCUGGGCGCGCCAGGAGUCGUUGCGCCUGCGCGCCGGCUCCGAGGACGCCAAAAUCUACGACGGCGUCAAGUACGAGCGCAAGCCGACGGGACCCUUUAUGGGAAAGCUCGUGUCGCAGGGCACCAUUAUCACGAUUGACGGCGAAGACUACGUCGAGUAUCGGGUCCUCACCAAACCAUCCUUUUUCUAA